GGUAGCCUGACGCCCGGUCGAUUUACGCAGGACACGGCUCUCGUGCAUGCGGGAGUGGCUCCAGACGCCGCGACGGGCGGCAUCCUGACGCCGAUCCACCAGUCGACGACCUUCGUGCAGGAGUCGAUCGACGCGUACAUGGCCAAGGGCUACAGCUACAGCCGCACGACGAACCCGACCGUCGCCGUGCUCGAGGCCAAGGUCGCCGAGCUCGAGGGCGCCGCCGGCAGCUGCUGCUUCGCGACGGGCAUGGCGGCCACCGCGACCGCCGGCGCGCGCGAACCAAGGGCCGCGGCGCCGUCGUCCGCUCGACGGCGUGGCGGCGCCCGCGCCGCCCGGCCCGGCCCGCGGGGCCGCGCCGCCGCGGAGCAACGAGUUCGCGGGGAGCCGUCGGGCGCGCCCGACCCGCCGGUCGAUGUGCGCGCAGGUGACCGUCAUGUCGGCGUUCCUCUCGCAGGGCGACCACUGCGUGCUCACGGACUGCUCCUACGGCGGCACGAACCGCGCGGCGCGCGAGCUCUUCGGCAAGUUCGGCGUCGAGUUCAGCUUCGUCGACUUCCGCGACGCCGACGCGGUGGCGGCGGCGUGCCGCCCCAACACCAAGCUCGUCUUCAGCGAGACGCCGGCGAACCCGACGCUGACGCUGACCGACCUGGCGGCGGUCUCCGCGGUCGCCAGGGCCCGCGGCGCGCUGCACUGCUGCGACGCGACGUUCGCGACGCCGCUCAUGCUCCGGCCGCUCGCGCUCGGCUGCGACCUCAGCCUGCACUCCACGACCAAGUACUUCGACGGGCACAACAUGACGGUCGGCGGCGUCGUCUCCGCGAAGACCGCGGCGCUGGCCGAGCGGCUCCACUUCUGGCGCAACGUGCACGGCAACAUCAUGGCGCCGCACACCGCCUUCCUCACGCUCCAGUCGUCGAAGACGAUGGGCGUCCGCUGCCGCGCGCAGGCCGCGAACGCGCUCAAGGUCGCGACCUUCCUCGAGACGCACCCCAAGGUCGCGCGCGUCGUCUACCCGGGCCUCGCGUCGUUCCCGCAGGCCGAGCUGGCCGCGCGGCAGCACGCCGGGGGCUUCCACGGCGGCAUGCUCUGGUGCGAGGUCAAGGGCGGCAGCGCCGCCGGCCGCCGGCUCAUGGACACCUGCCAGCGGCCCUGGUCGCUCUGCGAGAACCUGGGCGCGGUGGAGUCGAUCAUCACGUGCCCCUCCGUGAUGACGCACGCGAACAUGCUCCCCGAAGACAGGCUCAAGGUCGGCAUCACCGACGGCUUCAUCCGGCUGUCGUGCGGCGUCGAGGACGCCGGGGACCUCGUCCGCGCCCUCAAGAUCGCGCUCGACGCGCUCUGA